AAAUCCCUCCCCGGAUUUGACAAACACGCACCUUGAAUGCUUGUAAACAGAAGCGCACACGUAUUGUCUGCUGAACGGACAAAGAGCGACACAGUCAACGGUUAUUAUCACCGCGCGGGGUUAUAACGGACAGCUGCCAUGACAACGGACGUUAUGUGCUCCAGUGUGACGCCGACUGACCCCCGCGGUGUCCGAGCGAGUUUUGACGGUCUGAAAAGGCUCCAUGUUCGGAUCUAAAAUCGACGACGGUAAGCCGAGGAGAGUAAACAAAGCUCGGCAGCCUUUGUUAGCUGCGUCGGUUACGUUAAAUCUCACUUUUCACGCUAACGUUUAAUGCUAACUAAUCUGCGCUAGUGGUAGCAUUUAGCACCGAGGGCUCCUCUCUUUGUUUUUUUUUUUUUUAAAAUCUUUCCGUGUUUGUUUUUACUGGCUGGAUGAGAUGUCAUUCACAAUGGAGGAUAACUUAGAGUCCGAGUGGGUCUCUGUCCGACCGAAAGUCUUCGACGAAAAGGAGAGGCAUAAAUUCGUCUUCAUCGUGGCCUGGAACGACAUCGAGGGAAAGUUCGCCAUAACCUGCCACAACAGAACCGUGCAGAGACGGAGCACUUUGCUGGACCUCGACGUCCCCACAACAACAACAACAACAACAACAGCCGCUGAACUGCUUCCUGCCGCGGCGGAAAAACGCACAAAAAGUCCCGUGAAAACAAAGACAGAUGAAGUGUGUCAAGCGGGUAAAGUUAGACCACACUCUGUCCCCAAAGGAAAACCCUCAACAAAGGCUGUCAAAGUGUGCACUUCAAACACUUCAGACUGUGUCGGCUCCUGGGACAUUGUGACGCCUAAACAAAUGGAUAUGGAGAUCCUGGAUCCGGUGGAUGUCACGCAAUCCCAGGAGGAUUCAGACCCGGGAGAGAGUGACAGCAGCACCGUCCAUGAGGACUUCAGCUGGGCCGGGUUGUUCUCCUUCCAGGACCUGCGGGCUGUCCACCUCCAGCUGUGCGCGGUGAACUCCGACCUGGAGCCGUGUUUGCCCUCCUUCCCGGAGGACACGUCCGGCAUGUGGACGGUGCUUUUCGGCGCAGCCGGGGUCUCGCAGCGGGAGACGGACGCCCUGUGCUACCAGCUGCAGGUAUACCUGGGUCAUGCCCUGGACACCUGCGGCUGGAAGAUCCUCUCGCAGGUGCUUUUCAGUGAAGCGGACGACACGGAGGAGUACUACGAGAGUCUGAGUGAGCUGAGGCAGAAGGGCUACGAGGACGCUCUGGAGAGGGCCAAGCGACGCAUGCAGGAGGUGUUGGACAAACACAAAGCCAUGGACAGCAUGGUGGAGCUGCUGCAGGUGUACCCCGAGGAGGACGAGGCGUACGGAGAGCUGCUGGAGGCGACCACUCAGCUCUACCACUACCUGCUGCAGCCUUUCAGGGACAUGAGGGAGCUGGCCAUGCUGCGCAGACAGCAGAUUAAGAUCUCUCUGGAGACGGAGCGCCUGGGUCCCCGCCGUGUGGACGGCCUGAGGAAAGAGGACGAGGAGUGGCAGAAGAAAGCUCACGCCGCCGUGCUCUCCAUUCAGGACCUGACUGUCAAGUUCUUUGAAACCACGACCCGCGGACAGAAAGCUCUGUACGAGCGGAUGCGUGCCGACCAGAGGAAGUAUGGAAAGUCAGCGUGGGCAGCGGCGGUUGAGCGUAUGGAGCGGCUUCAGUACGCCGUGUCCAAAGAGACUCUGCAGCUGAUGAGGGCGAAGGAAAUCUGUCUGGAGCAGAGGAAACACGGCCUGAAGGAGGAGAUGCAGAGUCUGCAGGAUGGUGAGGAUGCAAUGCUGCAUCUGGACCAGCUGGAGGCGCUGUACUACGAGUUACAGCUGCAGCUGUAUGACAUCCAGGCGGAGGUGCUGCGCUGUGAAGAGCUGCUGCUCACCGCUCAGCUGCAGAGUCUGCGCAGACAGAUGACAGAGCGACAGGAUGAAGUCGUGUACUACGAUGCCUUCGAGAGUCCCGAUGCCAUGAAGGGUGAAGAGGACCCCGCUGCCCCGCCAUCCCCCCUCAGAGAAGAAGAACUCUGCGUCCUGCAGCAGAGGACGCGGCAGCUCGAGGCCCGAAGAGGACGCAUCACCGCCAAGAAAGUCUACCUCAAAAACAAGAAGGAAAUCUGUGUCGUAAAUCACAACCAGAAGAUUCAGCAGAGACAAGGUGACGGUGAUUCUCCGCACUCCCUGCAACAGGGAGCAGACGACGAGGAAGAUGAAGCCAAGAGUAACGCCAGAGUGUGUCAGGAGAGGCAGAGGACUCUGGACAGACUGCGCAGCCUCAAACAGCGUUAUCCCGGUCAGGUGACUCUGAAGUCGACUCGGCUGCGUCUGACUCAGCCUCACUGCAGGAGGAGAGACGCUCAGCAGCCCAGCACUCAGACGACCAGCGUCCAGACCGAGGUCUUCGACUCCGACCUCCCAGAACUCUCCGCUCCUCCUCCACCCGACUCCUGCGCCUGCGAGUCUCUACCCACCGUUCAGCUCCAAAGUCUGGACUCCUCCCCUCCCUUCCUCUCCCUACCUCCCCUCUCAACGACCCCAUCUGUUUUAUCACUGGGUCCUCCCCCCCCUCCUCCUCCUCCCCCUCCCCCUCCUCCUCCUCCUUCUUUAGAGGACAAUCCGGGUGAGAAGAAUCCCUCAGAGAGGCUGGUGCGGCUCCAUCCUCGCGAGUCAGAACCUUCCUCUCUGCCUUUGGCUCCGUUUUCCCCUCGAUUCUUCGACAGCAGUCAGCUGCUGACGGCGAGGAAGAAGCUGAAGAAGACCGCCUCGCUCGACUCUUCAUCGUGGAGGAGGGCGGGUUCCCCGAUGGACGAGGUCCUCGCCUCCCUCAAACGGGGGAGUUUCCACCUGAGGAAGGCCGAGCUGCGAGUCCUGGCCCCGGACCCGGACGACGACGGCGACAACAUCCUGGCCCAGAUCCGUCAGGGCGUCCGGCUGAGGAAGGUGCGGACCCGACCGGAGCAGCAGCGUCACGCCAAGAGCUACCACCACUCUGCCGACGCUCUGACCCGCAGCAUCCACGAGGCCCUGCGGAGAAUCAAAGAGGCUUCACCCGAGUCCGAGUCUGAAGACGAGGGCCUCCCCUGCACUGACUGGGAAAACUAGUUUCUUUUUUUAAAAACGCUCACCUUUUGGAGGAUUUGUGGCGCCGAAGCGAAAAGAAAACGAAGGCUAACGCCGCGGUUAAAGAUUGAACAAAGACCUUGAUUUUUUUUUUAUAUCUGAAACUGCUCAGAAGUAUUUUUUGGUUUUAUUUUGAAAUACUUCUGUGUGUUUGUAAAGAUGGACCACUAAUCUUUUUUUUUUAUGUCGUUGCUGUGGCAUUCGUGGCGAGGAUACAACCUCUAACCUCUCAUUACGUCGGUCUACACGUCAGUCGUACUGUAGCGUGCUGUGAUGGGUUUGUUUUUAGGACGCGAGUGUUUCUGCUUUUUCGUCUCCCGCUGAAACUCUUCUGUACACGCGCAGGAGGACUUUAACCGUGUCACGGCGAUGGGUACGGCGUGCUCCAGUGCAUCUGAACAUGUGUGAAGAAUAGGCCGCCUCCCACUUCGUCCUUCAAUGAAGAAAAAUCCAGCUGCUGGGCGGAGCUUCAUGAGUCUGACUGUAUGCAAAAAGUAAGAGUCAACACAUCAGCCAUGUUUGAGCGUCGUCACUUUCCAACAGAUUUAAAAACACAGAAAUACUUAAAGUGGUUAUAUGUAACUUUAAAAAAAUACUGCGUUUGUAGCGACACCGCAUGGCCGUUAGGUGAACUGCACCAGUUACUUGUUGCUCGCUCUCCCUCGCGUCCACAAACGAGCAUCAUCAUCGGCCGCCAAACACUGGAUAUUUACCGGCAUAAUGUUUACAGACGAGGUAAGAGGUCAUGUGAAGGAGUCUGUGUGUCUGUAUUCAGUCUCUGCAGGCUGGGAGUGCGUGAUGAGUUUGUACUGUUGCUCUCUGUAAGCGGAGCAGAGUGAGGAGGACGUUGAGAACGUGCAUAAAAUGUCCCUGGAGCUUUUCGCGGAAAAUACGACCCGGGGAAACUUUUUAUACAGGCAACACAGUGAACAUCUACUUCACAUCAGUUAACUGUUCGCUUAAUGAUGGGCGAUAAAAAACGAUUUAUACAUAAAGAAAAAGUUACAUAUAGAACCUUUAAAGAGAAAAAUAUAACGAGAGGAAGAGUUUUUAAUUUACCAGAAAAUUCAAUGUCUAAGACGCACUUUUAACACCUUAAUGAUCGAUAUGCUAGAAUAGAACGCAGAGAGUUACGGCGCUGCAUUAUUUACGAGUAUACGGGAUACGCCGUAAGUGAAGCCGCCACCAUCACCCGCUGAAUGCGACCUAACGCGAUUGCAAACUUUCCCUCUUUCAUUCACUGUUUUAUUGCAAUCGCUGCUUCCUGUGCAAAGCAUGCUGGGAGACUUAGCGAUGCAGACCGGUCUGGGGGGCGCCACCUUUUUAAACAUGAGGUCAUAACGGUGCAUUUUAAAGGAAACGGUGGUGAAGCUGGUGGAGUCAAACAUCAAAGUCAUCCAAUGACGUUUGUCUGUACGUCUCCAUGGAUACACGGCUAACAGGAAGUGCUCAUAACUAAUUCGUCGGUGAUCAGGAUGUCGUCAAAACCAGAAAACCAAACGUUUAAGAACUCACUGAUUUGAACGACUUUGUAAUAGGAGUGAAAGCCAUCGAUGUUUAUAGAGAUAUGACUUAGAAGUAGAUGAUGUAGAGAUGCAUGACGCAGCAGUUUAGAAGAGAGAGAGAGAGAGUCUAUGUUCGGAUAUGAUCCAAAUAAAAACGGUUUACUCGCAGCCCAGACGGGAUUUAAAACGAGCUCCGCACAGCCGGACCAGAAAUCUGAAAACAAACGUCUGAACCUGCUCCGUCACAGCUGUCUCAUCUCAGACGGGAUCCCUGAGAGCUUAAUGCUAACGCUUAAGCUAACGCAACUAUUUCCAAAGAAUUAUAAAUAAACCUGAAAAAACAAACACUGGAGAUGUUAACUCACGAACAGCUGUCGUUUUUCAGACCAUCGUUUGAUCUCUUUUUUUCCUCGCAGGACGCCUUUUUGACCGCGUCAGUAUUUCAAAGACAUAAAUAUACUUACACAUGUACUGUUUAUACUUCAGCACACGUUUAUAUAUGAGCCAUUACUUGAACAUCGUCUUGUCUGUGAUUGGCUGAAUGUGCUUUGACUCUUCAGAUGGAUGGAUGAAUAUGAUGUUGUGAUGUUUGCUGUCGUGGUCACCCUCCAUUUAUUUAUGUUACAUCACCGUUAAACCACCUUCUCGAUACUUCAAACAUCACAAGAAAAUUCAAUCUUCAACGGUUUAAAGCAACAAUCUGUAACUUGUCGUCCUAAAAACAGUCGCUUCAAAGUCGAUCUACGAGAACUAUAACAUUCAACAGGGAGAACGAUGUCUCUCUGGUGUCCACAGAGCGCCCAGUCACCUGUUUUCAGCACCAUGUAGCUUUGUGAUGUCAUGAGGUGCAUAUGUCUUUAUGUGACUAGUUCACUCAGCAGCCUUCAGCUACAAAGCAGCCAGUUAGCUCGUCUCUGUACUGUUUGAUACGACGGCUGAGACUAAGAGGACGGGGACGCUGACGGGUGAAGCUAAGAACAGAGAGAGAGAGAUGCAGACAUUAUGCAGAACAAACUGAGACGUAACCUUAGCUUGUAUCGUUGUCUCAUGUUUAGCAGCUUUACCGGCUGCAGAAAGUCGUCUAACUCGAGGCAUGUCUCAGGUUUCAGUAGUCAGAUGAGCUCAAAAUCCGUUAAUAUUACUGAAUGUCGUCAGUGGACGUGGGUCUUUGGCCUCUCACGUCUUUACCAUCUUUGCGCUCUCUUUUUGUCAGAACACAAUUGCAGUCUGAGACCUUCGGUGGGCGCCAAAUUCCUACAUAUUGUUGCUUUACACAUCGUUUAACUGUUAAAACUGUUUCCAGUAUGAUGAUGAUGACUCCUUUUUAAAAAAAAAUGUUUUAGUUAUCGCUACAUGAAUAUGUUUGGUUUUGGGACUUUUUAGAUUAAGAAAAACAAAAAUACAUCUUUCGGGGAAUUUUUCACUAUUUUCUAGACUAACCGCUUAAUCAAAAAUAAUCUGCAAAGUUAUUUAUCAUAGAAACAGUUUAAAUGUAUGUUACGGGGUCUUCAGGUCACGCCCCCAUUCAAAAUAUUUAAAAAAAACAAAUGUUUAACAAAGCCAGAAUAUUUGAAGUCUGUCGGCGAGAUUAAAGUCUGAGGCUUUAUCGCCCUCUGCUGGUUACUGACGCAGCCUUCUGCUCUCCACAAACUGACAACAUUCAGAUCUUAUGACGUCUGUAUUUAUUUUUUAUUUUUUACAUCUUUACAUUUAUCUAUAAGAGAGUCCUCUCUCGUUCCACUGCCUUCUUUUGUUCCUUACUUACUGGAGUUUGUUGUGUUUGUGUGUGUGUGUGAUUUUAUACGAGUCUCUCAUUACAUGUUAACUGUGUCAAACCUGAAAACUCACACUGACCCUUCUGUUUUUUUAUAAGUCAUGCACUGAUGGCUAAAUUUAAAGGAGUAGUUUGACUCUUUUGGAAAAGUGUUUGUUUAUUUUGUUGCUGAGAAUUGGAUGAGAAGAUGUGAACAAUUUUCUGAUUAAAAACAGCAAACGAAAGUCAGAUUCUCCCUUGUUUUUAGCAUUUAUGCUAAGCUAGCUAACAUCAUAUCUACAGUAUGGAGUAUGUGUGGUAUCAAACUUCUCGUCUAACUCUCAGCAGAGGAUUGCAAACCGUAAACCUUUUCCUUAAAGCAUGGAGUCGCAGCUGUUAUUAGAAAACAUGUUAACUAAGGUUUAAAAUCAUCGACAGCUUAGCUCAAACCGUUUCCAUGUGAAGAUCUUUGAUGAUACUAAACAUGGUUUCAGAUCGUGUUUAAACGUACAUUUUGGACAGUUACUCCCUCACUUUUAUUGUUUCUUUUGUUUGUUUUGGGUUUAAGAUACCAUUGUGCUUCUCUUUUUUUUUUUACCUUAAUGUUUAACUUGUAGAAUCUGAACUGCGUAGAUUUACUUUCACCGUUAACAUGACCAAAUCUGACGUUUGUUUAACCUUUUAUGACCUUAUGCAUGUGACUGGUUUUAGGACGAACCCAUCACAACGUAAGUGCAAUAAUUAAGAAGAAAAAGUCAUUUUAUUAAUUAUUUUACUGUAAUGAAAUUGUAAAUCAUGAAAACUAUAUCCGCAUGCCUAAAUGUAUUGAAGUAUUUAUUGAAAAACUUCAUAUUUGAAAUGAUUUUUAAAGCGUACAAAUGUUCAUGUACUUUUUAAGGUUUUCUUUUUGGCUAUUUUGUUUCCUUAUCAUGACAUUCCUCUUGGCUUUCUAUAUCCCUGUUAUAUAUAUAUAUUUUACCCUUUCCAAAAUAAAAUCAAGCACCAGUUUGUUUUUGAACGCUC